GAGAUUCCCGCCGAAGACAUGAUGGAACGCGUGAAGGCAAAGUGUACACGUGACCCGACGCGUCACCCCCACUUGUUUCUGCCUCACUCAUCCACCAUGCCUGACGUCGAGAUGCAGUCUGCUGAAAAGAAAGAGGAGAAGAAAGAGGAAGAGAAGAAGGAGGAGACACCCAAAGUUCCCCCGACCCCAUUACAAGAGAUCAAGAAUAACGUCCUUCUCAUCGAGCGGGCAGUAGCAACACUCGAACCGCGCUUUUCGAACCGCAUCCUCCGAACUCUCGCUGGUCUACGGAAACGGGUCGAUGCGUUGGUAAUCCGCAAUGCUGUCGAUGAGCUCUUCGUCAAAGACUCUCCUGCUAAACAGUCUUUGUUAUCUUGGCUGCCAGAUGCGCCUGUUGCAGCGAAAACUCAAGACAUGGAAGUCGAUGCGACCCCGUCGACGACACCUGCUGCACCCGCCGCUGAACCAGCUCCCGAAGUCGACAUGUAUCUGCGUCUGCUACUCAUCCACCACUUUGACACGUCCCCUUCCACCUAUACCAAGGCUAUCGAACUUGCAAACGAGACUGUGGAGAAGGUGCAAUUGUUGAAUCGUCGAAGCAUGGACCCGAUCGCGGCGAAGAUCUGGUACGCGUUGGAACGUGCAUAUGAACUAGGCGAUCAACUUGCCGAUGCGCGCCCAUUGUUUCUUGCCGCUCAACGCACAGCGUCACUUCGACAUGAUGACGAAACGCAAGCUUCGCUCAUCAACCGUCUGUUGCGGAGUUACCUCCAGUACUCUCUAUACGACCAAGCCGACAAGCUCGUCUCUAAAACCACUUUCCCAGCAUCUGCUGGGAACACUCAGCUUGCGCGUUACCACUAUUAUAUCGGCCGUAUCAAGGCCGUGCAGCUAAACUACAGUGCUGCACACUCGAAUCUCCAGCAGGCCAUCCGUCGAGCGCCGGCUGCAACUCGUGCUCCCGGGUUCUGGCAAGCUGUGCACAAGCUCUUCGUUGUAGUGGAGCUGCUUAUGGGGGAUAUCCCAGAUCGCAGCUUGUUCCGGCAGCCUGUCCUUGAGAGGGCAUUGACCGCGUACUUUGAUAUCGUGAAAGCUGUCCGCACUGGAUCCCUGUCCCAAUUCCAGACCACGCUCGCGAAGCACGCUACUCAGUUCGAGGCCGAUCGAACUCUCACUCUCAUCAUUCGGCUGCGUCAGAAUGUGAUCAAGACUGGGAUCCGCCGCUUAUCGCUGUCUUACGCCCGGAUAUCUCUACGCGACAUAUGUGUCAAGCUUCACCUGGAUUCAGAGGAAGAUGCCGAAUACAUUGUCGGCAAGGCCGUGCGAGACGGUGUGAUCGACGCUCGGAUCGUGCAUUCCAAGGGCUGGAUCGAGUGCGGUGACCCUGCGAAGGGUGCCUAUGGGCCAGAGGUUGCUGACGUUUACUCGCGGCGCAUCGGCUACUGCUUGGAGCUGCAUAACCAGAGCGUCAAGGCGAUGCGAUACCCGUUGAAUGCCCACCGAAGGAGUUGGCUGCCGCAGAAGGUGCUCGAGAGCGGGAGAGAGAAUUGGUCAAAGAAAUCCAGGAGGGCGAUCUCGAUGACGAUGACAUGGGUGACUUUUAAGUACAUACUGAGUGGCAAUUUGACUCGUUUUCUGGAAUCACUCGAUCUCCGUUUGCAAAGGUGGCAAUCGGUCAUUCGCAUGCUGGUACAGCACUACUAUCUCUUAACAGAAGAGUGCUGAGUCUGCUUGACUGAAGCCUUGACUGAAGCCUUGACUGAAGCCUUGACUGAAGUCUUGACAGUGCCAGAGGCUCGGCGCCCUCGACCCUUCCACGGCUCACGUCUCUGGAAUCGCUUUGAGAUACAGCCUGUGACUAUGGAUGAACGCCAACUGACUGUGGUGGCUGUGGAGGGCGCAUGUAUUCCACUUCUUGGUCGUCUUCUUCGUCUUCGUCGUCGUUGAAGUCCCAGACGGUCGGCGAUGGAUCGGCGAUGGGUUUGGCCUUGGGAGCCUUCUCAUGCCCAUUAUCUGUUCCAGUCUCGGCCUUCUUAGGAUUGUUUCGAGAAUGCCUGACGACGCAGAUGUCAACGAAGAGCAAUGAUCGUCUUGCAGUCAGAGUGCUCACAUUCGCGUUGUGGAUCUCGGUGUGAGUGGUUGAAUUGCAGAGUUCGAGUCACUCAGCGUCACUUUAUAUGUGCCAGUUGGCUGUGCUUCGCUUCCUCAGCGAGUCCCAACAGAACGUAAGUCGGUGCCGUUCCACAGCCUGUACUACAGCAGUUUCACGAGCGCUGUUGCAAGUUCGAUUGGAAAGCGUAGAUGCAAUGCCUGUCCCGCUUAUCGAUGUCAAAAGAAUACAGAAGUUGUUAUGUCCAGGACGCUAGCUGGCGCCACAGGCCGUGUACUUGCAUCUCGCAGAAAUCUGUUAUUCUCCAGUCACGGGCAGUCUAUAAGCAGGACUUCCAGAGGUGUGUAUGUAAGAUCUAGUGUUCGAUAGGAUGCCUGACUUGAUGGACUCUUUGCAGUUCUGCGCUUCCGACAGAGACGCG